GCUGAUUGGCACCACACCACACCCUGCAGUGUAGUGAACGGACACUUGCACAGUUGCUCGCUUAAGAAGCUUUCAACAUGAGAGUGCUUAUCUUUACUAUCUGGAUUGGCUGCGCAGCUAGCACCCUCGGCGAGCAGUGCGUGAUUCAGCUGGUUCGGGGUAUGGUAACGCGGCUUCUGGGCCCGAACCAAGCCGCGCUAUCUUGCGACAUUCUGUGGUCCAAUCUGCAGCUGAGCUUUAACUACACGCGGCAAGACCUGGUAGCCUGCCAGGACGGGGAGCUGCUGGUGCAUCCACCCGAGCCAUACUUUUCCGACUGUCAGCAGCGGCUCGAUAGAGCCAAGCAGGACGCCGAAGCUGACAGGCGUGCGUUCACCGCGGAGAUGCAGAAGAAGAUACAGGUGAACCAGUGGGAAGCGGAUAGGUACGUACAAGAGUCGGACACAAUCCGGGACCAGCUUGCGCGCCUCAGGGACGAGCUGCGGUCAACCUACCGCUCACUCGUGCUCAUGAGCGUGCAGGGCGGCGCUAGCAAGCAGGCGCUUAAAUACUACCACUACUAUCUGGAGGGCCAGCCGCCGGGCCAGCUGCUGAGCUCCAUCAUCGCGGCCGUGUACAGCGUGCCGGAGCACGCGCACGAGCGGUUUGAGUACCUGCUCGACUUCGCCCGCAAGGUGCCAGGGAACAGUGUGCGGCUGGCGUUCUACCACCAGAUCACCGCGGAGCUGCGGCGGCAUCCCGAGCAGCGCGACAGCUACCUUGCGAUGAUCGCGGCCCUCGACCUGGGCAAGCUGGCCUUCAUCAGUCAAAAUGCCGAUGCGCGCAAGCUGUACCUCGACCUGUUCAACCCUGCGCUUAAGCGCCUGCAGGCGGCUGUCAUCGCGGGCAGCUACGAUGAGAUAGUAACGUUCGCCACCGCCUAUCCGGACCACUUCGAGCAGAUUGCGAACCAACUCUCGACGCUGGAAAGUGGAGCCUGGAACCAGGCGAACUUUGAGCGCCUGCUGCUGUACCUGAACCGGCUGCCGCUCGCCAAACAGCGGCUAGAGGCGUUCCGGAUGAUGCUGCUGCAGAUCAAUCAACGCAACAAGCACGAUUUUGCGCCACGGUUGACCAUGGUGGCGAAGGAGCUGGACAAAUGCGAGUCGUUCGUGAAGAGCGGUAGCAAAAACCAGCAGACCGAUCUGGAGAAGCUCGUCACGGUGAAGCGCAUGUUUGCGACCCGCGAUCCCAACAGAGACUACGACCAUUACCUGCAGGAAUCGAAAAAAAUAGCAAAAUAGUAUAGUCGGCCAUGUUUGUAUAUCCUAACACAGGCCCAUAAGCAAUUACCACUGCACAAUACACGCUACACGCUACAGGGGUUCAAUAAAUAUUCACACACUGCAACGUC